AUAAACUUAUUAAAUAGAAUUGUUAUGAGCAAAAAGUUUGACCGCGAAGAUAAAGACAAGCUUGAAAAAGGUGGGAAUGCAGAAGAAAAGGAGAGGAGGAGUACAAACGAGAGGAAAAUCUCUGGAAAGGAACAAGUGGAGGAAGUCCGAAGUCAGUUUGACGCUACUGGGCGAAAAUUAAAUCAGGAUUCUGUCGAAAGUGAUCAUUGUGUGAUCAAAAACGACGACAACAAUAAAGCUGAUCACACUCCUGUACCGCCAAGUGGAUUCGCCAUUGGACUCCUGAAGAAGCAAGGCUGGAAAGAGGGAGAGAAGUUGGGAUGUAAUCCGACCAAUCAGAAUGGAGCUAGACGUGGGGGUGGUUUGGAAAGAGGGUUGGGAAUCACUGACGGAGAAAUAAGUUCGAAUGUGAAUUUGAGAGAACAGAAUCAGUUGGAUUCAGUUUACAACAAAUUGAGACUCCGAGGGGAAGAUCUUCCGGAGGAAGGUCACUGGUCCAAUGGAAGAUUCGAAUCCGAUCAUCAGGAGCAGGCGCCUCAAAGCAGCUUAGCCAUUAGGGUGAACUUCUGUCAAAGUGAGGCAGUUGAUGACCGAACGCUAGACAUGUCAAAGAUUGUCAUCAAUGCUAUUCGCGAUGUCGCCGCAGAUUGGAUAAGUGUCCAGGAAAAAGACGAACCCCUGAGAAUAUUCUGGAACGAUCCCUGUCAUUCCAACACUGCAGAUUACAUCAACGUAAAAUCUAGAACUGACGGAAUUGUAUACAGAUGGCCUAAAGAAACUCUACGAUACACAAAAACUUAUCCAAAUUUGUGCUAUUCAUUUAACCCUGCGCACCCCGAAGGCAAGUUGAGUAUACCAACUAGUGGGCAAACCUAUAUCGUGAGUCCGGCCUUUAACGAAAGCGGGCCCAGCGUGAAUAAUUCAGGAAAUGCGGUUAAUGACAACGCAAGAAGCACUGGAACAUUUGUAGGGCCUAUUACAGCUCAUCAACACGAAAUGCAGAUCAAACUUGAAGAGCAAAAUAACCAGAAUAAUUUUCCCAAGUUUGGACCGGGCGUUAAUAGUAAACAAGAUACAAAUGCAGCUACGAAAGACGAAAAAGUUGUAGAAUCUGCCGAGAACGACGACAAAAAGCAACCUAAUGGCGCCGAUAAAGAGUUGCAAGAUACAGAAGUUAAAGAAAACGGAAACGCAGAAAUUGAUCAAACCAAGAAAGUUAAAAAGAAGAAAAAGAAAAAGCGGCGGAAUCGAAGUCGAUCCAAAUCAAAGGACAGAAGCAAAAGUAGAUCAAGAUCAAAGUCAAGAGCGCGUAAGAAGUCAAGGUCAUAUAGCUACAGCAGCUACUCGUCAAGGUCAUCGUAUUCCAGUUACAGUUCCUACUCGUCCUAUACGGGGUCGAGCUACUCAAGUUACUCCUACUCUAGUUCAUCGUAUGACUCAUCGUCGAGACGAGCUAGAAGACGCUCGGUUUCAAGAGACUUUUCGCCGCCUAGAAACAGACGAGGAAGAGGAGGAGCAUCUAGACGUCGCGGAAGAAACAGGAGGCGCAAUCGAAACCGCGGUGACAGGCGAGGUGGAGCGAGAGGUGGUGGGAACCGACAGGUAACACGUUCCUAUCUUCCGCCGGCGCAGGCAGUGAGAGGUGGAAGGGGAGGCAGAGGCGGAGGUGGAACCAGCCGGGGAGCACCCAGGGGCUCGGGUAGUCGUUAUGGUGGACCACCACCAAGGAGUCAAAGCGAACGAGGGUAUCCGCCACAUCCCGACGACUACAGAGGACCACCGCCUCGACCCCGACCGAGUGAGUCUUUUUCACCGAGAGAAGACGAGCGGUACGAUUAUGAUGAUGGAUACGCACGGAGACGUGAAAGAACCCCACCUCCGCCCUAUCAUCACCAGCAUAGUCCUGGAAACCAUCCCAAUGAUGGUAGGAUGAGCAGAAGGAAUGAAAGUCAGGAUACAAACUAUGGAGGAUAUGGACCAGGUCCACGUCAUGAUGACUACAGAAGACCUCAUUAUCGCGAAGACAGUUACAGAAGCGACAGGGAAAGAGACAACAGAGAACUGCAUCGGCAGCCAGAACCUCCUCAGAAUCAGCUUCAAGGAAGUCAGCAAGGAAGUAAUAUUGACAAAUAUUUGCAGGUGGAACCGGAACCAAUGGAAGUAUAUAACCCAGCUCAGGAAAGCACAAACGCUAGCGGACAGUCCUUUACAGUUGACGAAACGGAAAUCCAAUCUAAAUACAGUGAUUUAGUGCAAUAUGCAAAGAGUUUCGCGGAGAAACAAGAAUCGGGAGAUGGUCAGUCGACCUCGCAAGGAGGCAUGGACCAAAUUCAGCAACAGCAACUGAUAAUUGAUCCCUCAAAUCCACAAUUGCAACAGGGCCUGGUCCAGGAGGGAUCCCAAAAUGUCUUUACUAGUCAAGUGGUCCAACCAAAAGUGCUUCCCACGAAUGUCCUCGCGCCUGGUAUGUCGUCAUAUGUGACUGAUCUAUCAGGCUUGGGAUCCAUUCCAACUUCUCUGGCAGGCCAAAGACCGAUGUUCGUCACCCCCAACAUGGCCAACUUGGCGGCACUUGCGCAGAAACUUCAACAGCAGCAACAACAACAGGCCAUGUUGCAUCAACACAUACAGCAGCAGCAACAACAAAAUAUCCAGACGUCUACUUCGAGCCAGUUACAAACCAGCCAGCCUAUUGUUUCAACGGGAAACUCUCAACAAGACCAAAUAAGUCAGGCAAUCGCACAAGCAAAUGCAAAUGCAUUGGCAGCAGUAGCCGCUUCGCAACAACAACAAAGACUACAAAUGUUCCAAAAUAGGACCAAUGAUAUGGCAGCGUUGGGAACAAUGAGGCCCCAUUUGUCGUCCUUGUUUCCAGGUGGCAACCCUCUAGCGUCGUUGCAUGGAAACUCUCUUCUGGGAGGAGGUCAGGGUCUGUUGAAUCCUCAGAUACCACUUGCUGCUGGAUUACCUGCGGCUGGCCUUAGUGCUGCUCAAUUGAUGCAACUAGGCAUAGGUGGCUCCCCAGGACAAUUACCUCCUGGUAUGCAAUCAAAUCAUGCUUCUGCGCUAUCUGCAUCGUUUUUGAAUCCAACAGGUUCUCAGGGAAUGCUAGGAGGAGCAGGUAUGGGGACUAAUGGUCCUCUGGGAAACCCAGGAGGAAAUCCUCUAGCGAUGCAGCAAAGCUUGCUCCAGCAACAGUUGCUGAACAAUUUGUUGCAACCUCCGCCUCAGCCACAAUAAGUAAUAAAUGGAUGCAAACUAGAUAGACUAUCCAACUUUUAAUUUCAUUUUAUACGUUUUCUUAUUCAUUAUUAUGCUAUCGUUCGCUAAAUAUGAAAAAGUAUAUAUAUA